UGGGUGAGUGUGGUCUAAUGUCAGAGUGUGUGUCUCCUAGGUCGUUCCUACAGUGUGUUCUCCCAGCGCAUGUUGAAUCAGUGUCUGGAGUCUCUACUGCAGAAGAUCCAGAGUGGAGUGGUCAUCAAUUUUGAGAAGACGGGCCCGGACCCCCCUCCUGGAGAGGACGAGACCCUGAAGCCCGGCCCCCAGUCGUGGCACUGCUGCCACAAGCUGAUAUACGUACGACCCAACCCCAAGACUGGUGUGCCCAUCGGACACUGGCCCAUUCCUGAAGGCUUCUGGCCCGACACGAACUCCCCCACCCUGCCCCCUCGCUCGGCCCACCCCCACGUGCGUUUCUCCUGUCUGGACUCAGAGCCCAUGGUGAUUGACAAGGUUCCCUUUGACAAGUACGAGCUGGAGGCUUCACCUCUCACACAGUACAUCCUGGAGAGGAAGUCCCCUCAUACCUGCUGGCAGGUGUUUGUAAGUAACAGUGCCAAGUACAGUGACCUGGGCCAGCCCUUUGGCUACCUGAAGGCCAGCACGGCUCUCAACUGUGUCAACCUCUUCGUCAUGCCCUACAACUACCCUGUUGUACUGCCUCUACUGG